CCAAUGCGGGGCAUUUCUCAAGUCUGGAGGGCAGUGCUUGUGAUACAAUGGCGUCGAUGACCGGCUUUUACAGUGCUAACUUGCUGCUUGACUUGGUUUUGUCCGUUCCAUCAUCCCGAUCGAGGCGUGGCAUCCUUAACCUGUCUCUAGCACGCUUUAUCACAAUGGGCCAAGGAACGCCCACAACCGAUCAAAAUCCUGACAUUGAGCUCGGGCACAUGCCGCCCGAGUCUGACUUCUCAAGAACCGCUGCACCGGUGCUUGACGAGUUACAGAAGGGUCAAGAUGCCGCCGCCCGAGAUUGCAGAACCGAUCUUCUCUCGUUCAAACGUGAGCCAAGGUUCAGCAGGGAUGGAGAUAUGCCAGUGUUUGGGCUAGAUAAGAGUCCAGCCAUGAUAUUGGAACUUCGAGAGCUUUACAUUCUCAAGCUUCGCCAUCUUCGAAUAAAGCUUGCCACAGAAGCGCUUGAGUAUCGAUACUCCAUCUCGGAGAAGUGCCCAGAUUGGGCAGACCCAGAUGCUAAGUACACUGACAGUAGGGCGCAUGAUUAUCUGACAGCGGUUAGAGACAUGCAAUUUAUCCAGGAGGCCAUCGAUACUAGGUCUGCUUCAAGUCGUUGGUUACGCAUCCACUCUUUCACCUCGACGGACGCCGAUCUUUUGCGCACUCUACUCAAGGAUCAACAAGAACGCUUUCGCACGCGAGGCAGUAAGCUGGAGUAUAGGGCGAACAGCGACACUUUUGGGUUCAUCUACCACAGGCUCUUGUCAGGAAUUGUUGGGGGAAUUCUGAUUUAUUUUCCAAUGUUUGUCAUGAUGCAGACUUUCGAAAAGUCGGGAGAAACGGAGAAUCCAAGCGACGGGGAAAACUCCAACCAGAGUGGUUAUGGCAAUGCCCGAAACAUGCUUCAGAUAUCAGGGGGCGCAGUUUUAAUCUUUGCCAUCUUCGUGUCGUUCUUCUCAAACAAGGCUGUUGAAGUCUUUUCAGCCACAUCAGCCUACGCUGCGGUGAUGGUUGUGUUCUUGGGUGCUACGAUAGGUGGGUAG